AUGGUCGUCCCCAGCUACGCCGCGGUGGGAUGCCGCGUCGAGACGACGGACGGCGCGCGCGCGACGGUCCGGUACGUCGGCGAAGUCGAAGGCACGGACGGGAUCUGGGUCGGCGUGGAGUACGACGAUCGAACGCGAGGGAAGCACGACGGCUCGCACGAUGGGAAGCGGUACUUCGACUGCAUCGCGCGCGCAGGCGAGGACGACGCCACACCCGGGUCGUUCGUCCGAGCGCACAAGAUCCGCCCGUCCGUGACGUUCGCGGAGGCGUUGAAGACGAAGUACUUGGACGGGAAGAACAACGAGGACGGGCAGUUCGUGCGGUCCGCGAACGGACAAAAGAUCGAGAUCCAGCUGUGCCUGAAGAAAAACGACCCCGGAAUCGUGCUCGACACGUUAGAUCGCGUUUACCUCCCGGAUGCGCGCGUCGUCUCCGCGGGCGAACCAGGGGACGCGUCCUCGUGCGGGUUGAAUCCGGAACGACUGAAGAUCCUCGACCUCGCGGGUAAUCUUCUCCCGGACUGGGCGUCCAUUUCUAGGUUCGGGAUAGAGUUUCGCGAGUUGACGCGCCUGGACUUGACCGGCGUGAGAGCGACGUGGCCGAGCGCGCCGCCCGGGGGUCCGUCGUCGUUUCCGAACCUCUCGACGUUGCUCCUGAACCGCUCGGGGUGCGGUUGGGAUAACGCCCAGGCGAUCGCGUCUUCGCUCCCCGCUCUGCAGGAACUCUCUCUCGCGGGUUGCGGGAUCGAUCGACUGGGCGACGGCGACGCGCCUUUAGACGCGAGCGCGUUCGUCGGUCUGAAGGCGAUAAACUUUGAAAACAACGCGUUGACAGACUGGAGCGAAAUCGAGAAGCUCGCACUUCUUCCCGGCUUGGAGCGGCUUCACCUCGGCGGGAACGAGAUAACGAGAAUAGCGUACCCCGAUCGCGACGCGACCGCAGGCGACGCGGUCCCGUUCGAGUCCCUGUUUGGCUUGUUCAUCGCGGACAACAAGAUAGGGGACUGGGAUUCCGUGGACGCGUUGAACGACUUUCCGUCCUUGUCCGAGGUUCGCCUGAGCGGGAACCCGGUCACGAGUUCGGCGGCGACUCGGCACGAGAUCGUCGCUCGCGUCGCGAAGCUGUCCCAGUUAAACGGAAGUCUCAUCGCGGACCAGGAGAGGAAAGACGCGGAGAUUCGGUAUUUACGACGCGUCCUCGGGCUCGUGAAGACGGCGGCGGCCGUCCGCGCGAUCCAUCCGCGUCUCGAAGCGCUGUUAGGCUCUUACGGCGAGCUCUCCACGCACGUCACGAAGACCGGUGGGACGGGGAAGAUGGGCGAGGACAUGCUCGAGCUGACGCUGACGUGUGUUGCCGCGUCCGCGGGCGAACGCGCGCCGUGCGUUAAGAAAGUGCCGAGCUCGAUCACCGUCGGGAAGCUGAAGCUCCUGUGCGAGAAGCUCUUCAAGGUGAAAGCGGACGCGCAGCAGCUGUUCUACAAGGAGCCGUUCAUGGGAAUGCCGGAGCUCCUCUCGCCGGACGAUUACGACAUAACGUACCUAGGCGUGAAGGACGGGUCAAAAAUUCUCAUAGAGGAGGAAACUUGA